UCACAAAAAACACCAUGAGUUACUCAAAGUUGCUUGUGCUAUUGUUUGGCCUGGUGGUUCUCAUCAGUUCAUCGCUAGCUGAGUACAAUGAAAAACCCAAGCCACCCACUCCUUCUCCUAUUUACAAGCCCCCAGCUCCCAUCAAGAAGCCAUCACCACCAAUAGUGCCCAAACCCAAACCACCAACUCCUUCUCCUAUUUACAAGCCCCCAGCUCCCAUCAAGAAGCCAUCCCCACCAAUAGUGCCCAAACCCAAGCCACCAACUCUGCCUCCUAGAGUGGUGAGGCCACCACCACCCUCACCUUAUGGCAAACCACCAAGCACUCAGCCUCCUAUUAUACAUGUACCGCCGCCUACACCGGUGACCAAGCCACUUCCACCACCUUAUCCUAAGACACCAACUCUACCUCCAGUUGUGAAACCACCCACACCUGGUUACCCAAAACACCCUCCUCCAAUCAAGGCUCCUCUACCCCCACAAAAGCCAGAAGGGAAGAAACCUCUACCUCCAACUCCAUAUAAGAAGAAGCCUCCCCCAUACUACAGUCCACCCCACAAGCCCUGAACUCCACCUGUCCAUCUCAACUAGUGACCUAGAAUAAAUGAGAGAGAGCCGGUUGCUAGCUAGAAAUAAGAGUUCUGGACAUCAACUCAUUUUGCAGCAGCUUCUAGUGUGACUCCAUUAUAAUUACUAGUUAUUUGCAUGGAAUUUUCAUGUCAUGUGGUUAUGUAUCAGCAAGUUGUUUCUUCACUUGUGGCUGAUUGAGCAUGUUGUCUCUUGCUUUAUAUAUGUAUGCAAUAUCAAUUUCCAACUGCAGUAAUACUAUUACUUGUGUUUUAUGAUAUUGUAAAA